CACUACCCUAGAAGAGGAAAUUACAUGCUCAUGGUUCGCAUGCACUUCUUAGUAGAAUUUAGCCAAUAGAUAGAUAGAAGUUUUAUGGGAUAUGUGCUAAAUUGAAAUUUUGAAAUGUAUUGACCAGUUUUUGCAACAAUUGACAAAACCAACUCCAAAUCAUCUUUCAAGCAGUGUGAAACCAUCGUCAAGAAAUGGGCUUCGUCUUCCCAAGAAUUUGAAGUCUUUGAAGAUCAAAAGACAUUGAAGGAUUUGUUAUUUUUCCUUCACGUUCCCAGGACAGGGGGAAAAAAUUAUUUCCAUUGGUACUUUCUAUCUUCUUGAAUUACAAACCAAUGCCCUCUCAUUGCAACUCACAUUAAGCUUCUUUUGGCCCCUUUUCUUACAUUUGUUUGUUUAAAGUUUUCUGGAGAAGCUCUAUGAUCCCUCUUCAAAGUGCCCACUUUCCUAUGAUGAGUUAAGGUUUGAUCCAAGGAAUCCAGGAUGCAACUUGACUGUAACUCAUGAUGAUUACAGCUUGAUGUCUAAGCUACCAUAUGAUAAAACUUCUGUGGUGACUGUUAUUAGGAAUCCAGUAGAUCGUGUGUUUAGUUCUUAUGAAUUUUCUGUGGAGGUUGCAGCCAGGUCACUAAUGUUUCCCAAUUUAACAUAUGCUACUGAAGUGGCUAAUCGUCGACCUGUUAGUGUUGAGAAACUAGGAGGAAACACCCUAGAUAUAUGGCCAUGGAAGUACUUGGCUCCAUGGAUGAUAGAAGAUCUAUUUGCUCGAAAAAAUAUGAGAGAAGUGAAGGGUGAAGAUCUUAUAAAAACCAAUGAGCCAUACAAUAUGGGAGAUAUUGUGAUGCCUUUGCACCAAUUCAUCAAUGAUCCUAUUGCAUUGGAUCUAGUUCACAACGGUGCCACAUUUCAGGUUGCAGGACUCACAAACAACUCUUACUCAAAAGAGUCAAAUGAUGUGCGCAAAUGUGUAUUGAAAUACCAAACUCUUGGUGAAUAUGUUCUUGAAGUUGCCAAGAGGAGGUUGGAUGGUAUGUUGUAUAUUGGGCUCACUGAUAAACACAAAGAGUCAGCUGCUUUAUUUGCAAGUGUGGUUGGUGAUCAAGUGAUAUCUAAAUUAGCUCAAUCGCGAUUUAGUGUAAAUGGUUCCACCAUCAACCAUUCAAAACUUAUCGAUCCAUUCAGAAACUCAAGCUCUAAAACGGAGACAACGAGAAAGCUUGUGAAAUUAUAUGAAGGGUGCAUUCAAAGGUCACUUGAAUCUCAAAGACAAAGGCGUGCAUCGUCUGUGAAAUAUAUCACUCCGGUAAAUUUCACUCAGGAGAGUCGACAUCAGGUUCCGAAGAGAAUUAUUGAGGAAAUUGGUGCACUAAACAACCUAGAUAUGCAGCUUUAUGAAUAUGCACAACUAAUCUUUGAGAAGCAAAAGCAAACAGGGUCAAAGAAGGUGAUUACGGAGGUGAUGAGUUAUGGAAUGUUGAACGCUUUGUAUGCUGCCUCUUGGAAACAUCUUCCAUUUGCAUUACCCUUUCUAGUUUUGCUCCCCUUCAUUUUCAUAUAUGUAAGUAGUAGAACGAAAAGAUCAAAAUCCAAAUUGUGAAUACACAUUACAGAUAUAGUAG